GGUGGGUCCAGAUCAGCCCAGAUCAGCUCAGCUCCGUCUGCUCGAUUACUGACUUCAGAACUCUCUGCAGAUUCCGGUCAUCAUGGCGUCCAAAACCAAAUGGGAGGCAGUGAAGGACCAUGUGGCCAGAAGCCCCAGCCCAGAUCCAGAGGAGGCAAAUCUGGAGAACGCCGACCCGGAGCUGUGCAUCCGCUUGCUGCAGGUUCCCUCAGUGGUGAACUACUCGGGUCUGAAGCAGCGGUUGGAGUCCAGCGAUGAGUCCUGGAUGGUCCAGUUCCUGGAGCUGAGUGGCCUGGAUCUGCUGAUGGAGGCGCUGGAUCGUCUGUCGGGGCGUGGCUGUGCCCGCAUCGCAGACGCGCUGCUGCAGCUCACCUGCGUGACGUGCGUGCGCGCCAUCAUGAACUCGUCUGCAGGCCUGCUCUUCAUCUUGGACAAUGAGGGCUACGUCCGAACCCUGAUGCAAGCUCUAGACACGUCCAACGUGAUGGUGAAGAUGCAGGUGUUUGAGCUGCUGGCAGCGCUGGCCCUCUUUGACCCGCACGGAUGUCACCUGACCCUGGAAGCCUUCGACAGCUACAAGAGUGUGAAGAAGCAGCAGUACCGCUUCAGCGUGAUCAUGAGCGAGCUCCAGGCCACCGAUAACGUCCCAUACAUGGUGACGCUGAUGAGCAUGGUCAAUGUGCUGGUGCUGGGACAGGAAGACCUGCGGAAGAGGGCCCGCCUGCGGCGCGAGUUCGUCGGUCUGCAGCUGCUGGAUCUGCUCCCCCGAUUCAGGGAGACCGAGGACUUGGACCUGAACAUCCAGUGUGAUGCGUUUGAGGACUCCAUGACCGAGGACGAGGAGGAGAUGCAGAAGCUGUACGGAGGCAUCGACAUGAGCAACCACCAGGAGGUGUUCACCUCGCUCUUCACCAAGGUGUCCAGCAGUCCAUCCUCUGUCCAGCUCCUGUCCAUCCUUCAGGCCUUGCUGUUGGUGGAUCCAGACAGAUCUGACGUAUGGUUGGGUCUGGAGAUGCUGACUGACCGAACCACCCUCCUGGCCCAGGACUCUGAAUUAGGUUCUGAUGAGACUCUGCUGGAGAGGCUCCUCCCCCAAAAGUCUCCCUCAGCCAGCCAGAGGAUCCCGACUGUUGACAGGGCGGUACAAACGAAAGCACCGGAACGCUCUCUGGGCCAAUCACAGGCAGCCACUUUAGAGGCAGCACCUCCCCCCAGCACAGUUUGUGCCCCCCCUCCUCCUCCACCCCCACCCCCUCCUCCACCCCCACCCUUACCUGGUAUGGGAUCUCCAUUCCCUCCCCCUCCACCUCCCCCACCCUUACCUGGUAUGGCAUGUCCACCUCCUCCCCCACCCUUACCUGGUAUGGGAUCUCCACUACCUCCUCCUCCUCCACCCCCACCCUUACCUGGUAUGGGAGCACCACCCCCUCCUCCACCCUUACCUGGUAUGGGAGCACCACCCCCUCCCCCACCCCUACCUGGUAUGGGAGCUCCACCCACAGGUGACAUCAUCAUGGCUCGGGUAGCUACAAGUGUAGGGAGCGCGUAUUACAGCCCCGGCCCUCCAGUAAGCCCCACCCCCUGCCCCACGCUCAGAAUGAAGAAACUGAAUUGGCAGAAACUUGCCCCCAGAGUGGUGAAAGAUCAUCAAUCUCUGUGGACUUCUUUGUCGUCGGACUCAGUGGAACCCGAUUACUGCAGCAUCGAGCAGCUUUUUAGUCUCCCUCAAACAGAGACCAAAACCAAAACCAAGGCCAAGACUGAGCCCAAAGAGAUUUCCUUCAUCGACGCCAAGAAAAGCUUGAACCUCAACAUCUUCCUGAAGCAGUUCAGAUGUUCCCAUAAGGAGUUUGUGUCUCUGAUCCGGAACGGAGACAGAUCCAAGUUUGAUGUGGAUGUCCUGAAACAGUUGAUCAAGCUGCUUCCAGAGAAAUAUGAGGUGGAGAACCUGAAGUCUCACCAGGCAGACAGGCCCAAGAUGGCCUCGGUGGACCAGUUCUACCUGGAGCUGCUGGACGUCCCCUGCUACGCGCUGAGGAUCGAGUGUAUGCUGCUGUGUGAGGAGAGCAGCUGUGUGCUGGAAACAAUGAAGCCCAAAGCCCAAGUUGUGGACCGAGCCUGCCAGAGUGUGCGGGAGAGCGCUCGGCUGCCCAGCUUCUGCAGACUCAUCCUCAGCGUCGGAAACUUCCUCAACUACGGAACCCACACAGGAAACGCUGAAGGUUUUAAGAUCAGCACUCUGCUCAAACUGACAGAAACCAAAGCCAACAAGUCCAGAGUCACGCUGCUGCACCACAUCCUGGAGGAGGUGGAGGUGAACCACCCGGACCUGCUGGACUUACCUGAUGACCUGGAGAUCUGUGAAAAGGCUGCCGGCAUCAGCGUCGACUCCAUCCUGUCUGAAACCAACUCCCUCGUCAAACGGUUACAAAUCGCUGAGAAGAAACUCUCUUCUUCCCCCGACGAUGUGAAGGAGCAGUACCUGUCGGCCAUCCAGGAGAGCCUGCAGACAUGUGAGCAGCUGCAGCAGAUGCUGUCCUCGGUGGAGGACAGGAGGCAGGACUUGGCCGACUACCUGUGUGAGGAUGUCAGCAGCUUCUCGCUCGACGAGCUCUUCAGGACCAUCAAGACCUUCAGAGAUCUAUUCCUGCGAGCCAUCAAGGACAAUGAGAGUCGUCGAGAGCAGGAAAAGAAGAGGAAGAAACAAGAGGAGGAGAAGAAACUCAAAGGAGGCACCACCAACCGCGUCGUCAGGAGAGGCCUGAACGCUCCAGAUGAAGGAUGCAUCAUCGACAACCUGCUGGCUGAGAUCCGGACCGGCUGCAACCUGAGGAAGACCCGGACCCGGGCAGAGAGGGGCAGCAGAGUCCAGGGUCGUCCCAGCAUCAAACGGAGGUCACAGGCCGUGGACCAACCAGAAUCCUCUGCUUCCAGCCAAUCACAGAACACCAAAGAUCCAGUCCACAUCUCCACGGAUCCAGCACCAAAGAAAGAACCAGAACCGGCCUCCCCAGGACCCAGCACAGAUCCCUCAGACAUCCAGAACCCCCGUACAACUUCUGAGGGGGACCAGAACCAGCAAGGAGCGCAGGACUCUGAGCUGGACAUCAAAACCAGAGGUUCUGCUGGACCAGACGGAGUUCAGGACAUUCACUUGGACUCUGGGCUUGACAUCAAAACCAAAGGUUCUGCUGGACCCGAUGGAGCCCAGCCGAGCUCGGAGGAUUCCAGUGCAAGCUUCCACAGCGCCGGUGCGGGAGAAACAUCUGAGUUUGAGGUGAUCAGCUCGAUAGAAGUGGCAAGAAGCAAACGGGAUCCUGGUCCUGGUCCAGACAGAACCUCAGAGGUGUCCAGGACGUCUUCCGCAGGAGCCGACAGGAGUCCCAGACCCAAACGGACCCGAUCCAGGAAGAGCUGUGUUCUGCAGUGAGGUGACCUGAGGAGGAGCAGAACCCGUUUCCAUGGCAACAGGACUGAACAUAGAGGCGGGGCUAAUGAUGGGUGACGCAACAAAACAUCAACUGUUCUAAAGAGACGAGUUUAUUUUUGUCCAUUAAGUUGAUGUCGUUGAUAACAUCAGAUGGGUGGAGCUUGCCGUUGUUUACUUCCUGUUGAUCUGGUUUCAGCAGAAACACCUGGAUUUUGGUGUCAAACGUCUCGAGGUGUU